UUCCCUUCAUCUGAAUUGUAUUACCAUGCUUUAGCCGAAUAUAGUUGCCGUCGCCUAGUCCCUGAGGAGAACACGACACUCGUAGUUUGGGGCGUAAAAACCCCGCUAUAUUACAAUAGAUCAUUUUGGCGCCGUUGCCGGGGACUAGCGUCGAGCGAUUAUGUUAGCUAUAGACUAUGUUUAUUUUAGUUUUGUGUUUAAUUCAUCGUGUAUUUCUUUUUCUGUGUUUCUUUUAUAUUUUUUCCUUGUUGUUGCUUCGGCUUAUUAGGAUACUAACAUUUUGACUAGUAUUUACUGUUUAUGAGUGUGCGUAGGAAAUCUGAUCUAUUUGCAGGUUGAUUGAUAGUUACACUUGGUGGAGAUAUGGCGAUGCUUCGUGAUGUUUGGAUGCCAAGCAGCCAAUGCUAUUUCACAGGGCCACUUUGGCCGUCUUUUGAGGCAGAGCUAAAGCCUGGUCUUAUUGCUUUGGUUCAACAACAACAGUUUGGAGGUCUGCUCACUGAGGAUCCCUAUGAGCACUUAUACCGAGUCAUGGAGUAUUCAGGUACAGUCAAGUACCAUGGAGUUCCUCAAGAUGCUAUUAAGUGCAUGCUGUUCUCAUUCUCUCUCCGGGAUGAUGCUCGUGCUUGGUAUCGAUCCUUGCCAUCAAGAUCAUUCAGUUGGAACGAGAUAUCACAAGCUUGCUUGGAUAAAUAUUUCCCACUACACAAGCAGUCCGCAAUUCGAGAUGAGAUCCUCAGCUUCGUUCAGCGUGAAGGCGAGAGCUUGUAUGAUGCUUGGGAGAGAUACAAGGCUUUAUUCAGGAGAUGUCCUAACCACGGGCUCGAGAGAUGGUUAGAGCUGCAGAUAUUCUAUAGAGGAUUGACUUUGAACACUCGAGCUUAUGUCGAUAUGGCAGCGGGUGGAGCUAUUUCAAACAAGACACUUGAUGAAGCUUUACUGCUGAUUGAGAGCAUAGCUUUCCACCAACUUCAGUGGUACAAUAAGAAGCCCACAUCUGAUUCAUUGGUUUGCUUGCAACAAAUCACUACACCUCAGCCACCAAUUCUUACACAGAACCCUGAACCUCUAUCUCAGUGUGACAAGAUUGAGCUUGCAUGGAUUAUCUUUGACGAUGAUGACACCAUUCUAGUUGACACACACGCUACAGAUCAUAUGGAUACUAGUGUUGGAGAUUCGGUUUUGCAUUGUGAUGAUUCUUCCAUGGAUGAGCCAGAGCUGCAGUUAGUUGUUUUUGAUAUUGAGGAGUCACCUUUAGUUGAUAUUGAUCAUGUGCUGCUAGAGCCAGAUAUGGAGAAGUUCACCUUCGAUGAUGUUAGCCGCAUUGCUUCCUCAACACUUGAGCCUGAGAUGGAGAGCUUCAUGGUUGAGUAUGGUGAGGUGGAUUCAGAUGUCAAGGAGCCAAGCUCUACUAUUUCACUUGUUGACACGAGUCCGGUUGAAAUUUCUACUACCACACCUCACUUGGUAUCUUCAAUUGAGGUAGUCCUGAAGCUUCUUCCUAACUAUCUCAGGUUUUUGCUUGUGCACGAUCCAUUACAUGCUGACCAGGUUCGAGGUGACAUUCCUUGGGACCCUGGUGGACUCAGAGCAUGGGGAUGAGGAGAAGCAAGGGGGCACACUCGAGGAAGGGAGAAGCUGGAGCAGGCAUGAGGAUAGAGAAGCAAAAGGAGAGGAGCUGCAGUUGGUGAGGUGAUCGAGCGAGUGCUACUUCCUAUGAAAACCCGGUGAGCUGUUUCAUGACCCAUUCCUAGUAUAUCAUCCAUUGAUACAUGCUGAAAUCAAAUGUUAUUUGGGUUGCUUAAGCCAUGUCUUAAAUGUUGCCCCACUGAAUUUUACUUGACAUAUGGUGCUUGAUGAGAAUAUGUGAACUGAGUGUUGAAUGCCUGGUAAACUAGUGAUCUAUACAAUGCUUGCUUUGCUGAAAGUAGUGGAAGUUAUUAGUUUUGAGUGCUCAAAUCCCUAGUAUACUAGAAAACUUAAUCAUUUUCUGCUUUUACCUUGAUACACCUAGAUCACCACGUUUAGAUGCUGAAUUUGUGCUAAGUGUGUUCCCAUUGAGAGCAAUCACCUAACCACUAUGGAUUAGCAUGCUAUGUUCCCUGGAUCGGUAGCAUGUGAACCAGACAUGGAGAAGUGAUGAUUCCUGUUUUUGUGCUUAUGCGUUGUUCAUUUAAGAU